AUGCAGUCUUGUGCAGAGGCGUUUCCCCGUUUCACCAACAUACCGUGCAUUGCAAUUUUGGCACGGUAUGCUGCUGGUGCUCGGCUUCUCAAGCCGAAGUUUUGGCUGGCGAUCCCCUACGUGAAGAAUGUUUCCGAGGCGACAGCUAGAAUCCUAAACCCUUUUGGGAUUGGGGUGGCCCAUAAACCGGAAUCCACCAUCAGACAGCAGAUAAUGAGACCCAAAGACCCGCUACCGGCAACGGAACAAUCAGCAGUGGUCUACAGCAUACCGUGCCAAAAUUGCAAUGCACGGUAUGUUGGUGAAACGGGGAAACGCCUCUGCACAAGACUGCAUGAGCACCAGCUUGCAGUCAACCGCGAGGAUAAACUGUCACUGGUAUAUGGCCACAUGCAACAGGAGAAACAGAGUUUCGCCUUUGGGGAAGCAAGCGUCCUCAGUCGAGCCCAUGACAAGAUGGCUAGGCUGGUGCUCGAAAGCUGGUCCUCAGUUGGCACAAUCAACAGGGCUAUUGAUCUUCAUCCGGCCUACCAGGCGCUGCGACCUGGUGAUUUCGAAAUCGACGUUCGAUCUUCUUAUGCAAAAAUCUCAUAG